UAGAAGAUCUCCAAGGUCCCUUCUGACUCUAUUAUUCUGUUAUAUCAUUUCUUUUGUAUAGCAGGAAAUAUUAUAUUUAUUUGGUAAGCAUCAUUUUACCUUUAUAAAACUUUAGUUUCCUUCUGCAGAUAGGUUUUUACUCAACUAAUCCAUUGUGUAAAAACCCCUCCAAUAUCAAUGAGGAUUUCUUAAGUCGAGAAAAUACAUUCUGAACAGAUUUUCCCAACAUGAUGUUUUUUCAGAUGUGCUGGACCAACUUCCAGAAUAUCUAGCAUCUGGCUGAGAAUUCUGGGAAUAGAAAUCUAAAACAUAUAAUAGAUACCAAUUUAAGAAAAAGGAAGUUUUCUUAGGUUUUUUUUCCUGAUCUAUAAGCCACUUGAUACAAACCAGCGGAAUUUUCACUGUGUAUUAAGUCCUCAUCCAAAACUGACAGGCUUAAAUUAAGCACACAGAAUACACGAAGCAUCUUGUUUUGGGUUGAAGUACACCUGAAUCACUAUAAAGGUAGUCUUCAUGUGCUGCUGCUCUGAUUUAGCAUUAAUUCUGAAAUUGCUAUGCUACAAUUGGAAAAUUUAGUAAUGCGGAAGUAACAGUAAAAGUUACCUCAGAUUAUUGCAGUUUGUUUCCUGUCUGCAGCAAUUCUUGUUUCGUUUGAAUAAAACACCAAAAGUGGGUGGGAAAAUGAAUUAAGAUGUCUGUAAAAUAAUAUUUGUCACAGCUUAUUUGAUUCAGAAACCUUUCCUCAAUGAUUCAUUAUGAGAAACAAAGCUAAGAGGGACGGGACCUAGGGUGGAGGGCAUUUCCAAAUCUGUUGGUUAAGUGAGCAAGGACUGUGAGACCAAAAGCAUUGCAGGAUGACAAAGAAGAUGGAACAGAUUAAAGCAACUUCUGUGUAUUGCAUUGGCGUAAAUAAGCAAUCAACUCAUUUGCUUAAGGGAAAGUAAGCAAGCUCCUUGGUUCCUUGUUGCAUCAUGUUUAAUCAUUCACUUAUGGGAAACAGCCAAUCUACAAGUUAUAACAUGUUACAACUCAAAAUAAGCUUCCCUUUUGUGUACCUAUAGGCUUUCCCACAUUGAGAUUUAAUGGUUCACAUCCUUAUUAGCAGGGAAUUUCCAAAGGAUGUGAUGCAAAUAGUAAGUUCAAUUUGAUAGGACAAAGGUAUUCAAAACCAUUCUUGUUCAGCUGUUGUAUCCCUAACAGCAAAAUGUUCCAGAUCUAAGCUCUAUCAUGGGAAGAGAAUGAAUCGAAAGGAUGGGAUUCUUCAUCAAAACCUUGCAUUUUUAUCUCAUCAUUCUCUUUUGUAGUGGAGAUGAACAAUUUCAGCAUUCAGACAAUAAAAGUCUUCUGUCCAAGUCAAGUCCUUCUUCAUUCCCUGAAUCUCAAAUUCCAAGGAGAGGCCUCAGCUUUUUACAUAAUGUAAGAACAAAGACUACAAAAAAGAAAGCAGGCCUCAAUAGACUUAACAUUUUAAAUAUGCGACACAAUUAUAGUUUCCAAGUUGAUCCAACAAUUGUUUUACCUAAUAGCCAACCACAGCAUAGGUCAUCUUAUAAAUUCUCACAAACUGAUGGAAUAAUAAAUGAUUCAUUGACUGACCCAUCUCGAAGGAGCACGACAUUGUCUCCUAAGCCAGCAGAGAAGCAACAAGAAGCUGAAAGCCUUUUAAAUCUCAAUUCAGUAUUAAAGUGGAAUGUUCUUGGUGAUGAACAAUACAACAAAAAGGGAACAAGAUUUUUAUACUCAACAUUACAAAUUAGUGCAAGCUGUGGAAUCCCAGCAAAUGGCACAUUUGAUCUAUCAAACAGGAAACUAACUGAGAAUGAAUUGAGGGGAAAAAUGGAUCCCAUUUUCUGCAAAACUACACUGGACCAAAUUAAAAAGUUUAACGCAAGUCUCAACAACCUUGAGACAGAUAUCGCAACCCUGAUUCUGUUAUUCCUUGAAAUGAAGAGUGUGUAUUUAAUUGAUGUGAGUUAUAACAAAAUAUUUAUAAAUACCAAAUCUGCAAAAGACAGCUAUAAUCUGCAGCACAACAAUCUUCUGUUUUUAAAUCUCAGUCACAAUCCCCUUAAAACUCUGAAAAACCUCAUUCUACCGAGAGGUCUCAAGAGCAUUGAUUUAUCUUUCACACAAAUUAACCAAAUACCAAAAGAAUUCAUUGCAAUACUUUCUCAAAUAGAAGAGGUAUUUCUUCAGGGGAAUCCAUUUAUAUACAAUGCUGAAGCACUUAUGUCUAAUUUUAAUCCUGUACUUACAAUGAGAAAUCAAAAGCAUUUCUUUAAUGGAGGCAUUUCAUAUACAAAUUUUCCACAAUCCACAAUUCAUCAAAUAAUGUUACAUUGUUUCACUGAAGAACUUCCGGAAGGGUUUCAAAACACAAAAAAACCACAUAUUUUUCUUGACCUUAGCAAUAAACCCAUACACAAUUUCCACUACUUAUCAAAAUCUUUACGUCAUUUUGAUUUAAGCAACUGUAACUUACAAGGAAAAGCUAGCCCUAAUCUUUUCCCAAAUUUAACUGUGUUUAAAAUUCAAAACAAUAAAAUAAAACAUUUUUCACCAUAUCUCCCAGACUCAUUAGAGGAAUGUGAUGUUAGUAAAAAUAACAUACAUAAUUUCCCUUUCCACGGGGCAGAGCAAAGUUUAAAAUUACUCAAUCUUUCUAGAAAUCUUUUAAAGCAACUGAACGUGAACACUUCAUACCUUUCCCUAAAUAAUCUGGAUGUAAGCCAUAAUUUAAUUACAAAUCUGCUGGGUCACAUGGGGACUUUUCUGCCUGAACUGAAAUAUCUGAAUCUGUCAGAAAAUAAAAUAUUUUUUCUGCAACCUGGGUCUUUCCCUAAAUCUUUGGUUGAGUUGGAUAUUAGCAAUAAUGCCAUUGCCAUUCUUAUGAAAGACAUGUUCCUCCAUUUGACCAACUUGAAAAUUUUAACCAUUCAAGGGGAACACUUUUUCUGUAACUGUGAAUUAUACUGGUUUGCAAACACGUACCUUGCUAAUCCACAAAUGCAAAUAAAUGGCCAAGAAAGACUUUUCUGUGGUUUUCCAAAGAAAAAGCGAGGUCUUUUGUUGCAAAACAGUCAUCUAACAAUGUUGUAUUGUAGUCUUGGUCUUCAAAUUGGAAUUACAGUUGUUAUGGUCAUUUUGAUUAUGUCCGUCAUAUCUGUAUUAUGCUGGCAUUUUGAUGUUCCAUGGUAUUUAAAGAUGGGUUGGUAUUGGUGCAAGGCUAAAAGGAAACAAUAUGAGAAGAGACCAGAACACAAAAUAUAUGAUGCUUUCAUUUCAUACAGUGAAAAUGAUGCUUCCUGGACUAAAGAAACUUUAUUAAAAAACCUGGAAGCCAAUGGAUUUAAAGUAUGUUAUCAUGAAAGGGAUUUCAUGCCAGGGCAUCCAGUUCUUGGAAACAUUUUUUACUGUAUCGAGAAUAGCCAUAAAGUUCUUUUUGUGCUAUCAUCCAGCUUUGUCCACAGCUGUUGGUGCCAGUAUGAGCUGUACUUUGCUGAACACCGGGUUCUCACUGAAAACCAAGAUUCCCUCAUUAUGGUUGUAUUGGAAGAUCUGCCAGCCAACAGCAUUCCAAAGAAAUUCAGCAAGCUUAGAAAACUAUUAAAAAGGAAAACCUACUUGAAAUGGAGUCCUGAGGAACACAAACAAAAGCUUUUCUGGCACCAGCUGACUACUGUGUUGAAAACUAUGAAUGAGCCAGUGCUAAGAACACAGAGGAAAAGCUGCAUUAGGAAGCAGACAGAUUCAACUGAAUGAGAAGCAAUGCUGAUGAAGUAUUGGAAUAUUUGGAGUAUUAAAAAAAUCAAAUACUUCUUGAAUUGCCAUCAUCUGAAAGAUACAAUUAUUAGAAUAUUGAUAAGGAACCAAAGUAAUGUUUUAAGUUACCAUUCUAGAAAAGUGGCCUCUUAAAACCAGGGUAUUUCCUGGUAAACUGUUUGUUUAUAUAAGUACAAACACACUGCAGCAACCCAGAACUUCAUAAAAAGAAAACAAACCACCUAUAAAUAUCUUCCAACAUAAUCGAUAUCCACAAAACUUUAUGGAUAAGUACCUGAACAUUCAGCCUACCAUAGCACAAUCUCCUUUAAGAAUUACACUUCCAUAUAUCAAAAACAUCUCAGAAACAAUCAACAGGUUAUUACAGUUACACGGCAUCAGCGCAGCACAUGAACCAACUAAAAACACCCUCCAAAUCUUUUUCAGUAAACCAAAAGACCCAAUAGCUCAAGAAACAGGAGCAAACUACAACAUAUAGUACAACCCACUAUAUAGGACAGACAGGCAGAAAACUAGCAGAAUGGAACCAUAAACAUUAAUCAGCAGUCAGAGGACAUUAAAAAAAUGACUAUCUUAAAGAAUAUUAUCUAGUCAGAUAAUGAAAUGACAACAAGCAAACAAACUCAAGAGAACAAGAACUCCACUGUUCAACUUCAGCUAAAUAUAUUCUCUUCUAUUACAUUCUUUGAUAACCAACUUUACAUUAUAUUUAUUCAUAAGAGCUUUAUCAAUUUAGUCUUUGAAUAUAAGUAUUUAUAGAAACCUUUCUAUUCUAUUCUAUUCUUAUUCUAUCUUGAAUAUGGCAAUUUGGACUCUUUAUUGCUGAUAUUGUGUUCCUUUUUUACAAGUUGAUAAGCUAAUACUUUUCAUGGUUUGUUUACUCAGAGUUUUUGUUUGGCAAAUUUUAUUUUCUUCUGUAACUCUUGUUUCUAACAGACUUAAUUGCAGUUUAGUGUCUUGCAAUUCUUUAAUCAAUUGUAUCUUGAGUUAGUUUCAUGCUUCAAAUUUUCUUAUUUUGGCUUUUAACAGUAUUUUUCAUUUGUUGUGUUUUUUUUAUUUUGCAGCUAAUUUAAUUAGAAAGCCCCUUGUAUAUGUUUUACUCGUAUCCCACAUAGUAAUGUGGGAGAUUCCUGGUGUCCUAGUUGUAUUAAAAGAAUUUCAAUUCUUGUUUACAUUUUUGUAAAACUGUGCCAUGGAGUUUUCUCAAUCAUUUUUCUGUCUAAAAUGAAAAAAAUGAUUGAAACUUGCGUCAUUAAAAUUGAGUUGUGAUCUCCA